AUGUCACAAGCUAUUGAUAUGCUUAGCAACUGCAAACUCUUCUUUGAAAACCUGAGAUCAGAUGAAACUUUUGAAAGCAUCAUUUUAGAAGCAAUCGAGCUUUCUUCAGAGAUUGACGUGGAAGCUAAUUUCGAAACCACCACACCACGUCAUCGUGUCAGAAGCAAAACACAUCAAGCAAUAAAUGCCUUGGAAACCAGAUAUAAUUUGCUAAAUACUCACAGUAAUUAUUUCAGCUUUUUGUAUAAUAUUUUUGGUCUAAAAGACAUGCCCAGAAAUGAGCUACUGGCUCAUUGCAAAGAUUUGGAAGAAGUUUUAACUGAUGGAAAUUCAAGCGAUCUUUACGCCUUGGAACUAGCCGAUGAAAUAAGCAUUGUUUUGUCAUUAUUAACAAAAAAGGAAACCCCUGUUGAAGUUCUCAAGUUUAUCGCUACACUUAAAUUCGCACCAAACCUCAGCAUAGCAUUAAGAAUCCUACUUACAUUGCAAGUCACUGUGGCUUCAGGGGAAAGAAGCUUUUCAAAACAAAAAAUAAUAAAAAAUUAUCUCAGAACGAUGCUGGCGCAAAAUCGUCUCAAUGGAUUGGCAAUGAUAGCUAUAGAACGCCAAAUUAGUGACAAAUUAGACUUGAAAUCACUGGUUC